GGCCGUAUAUUCAUAUUAGAGAAAAGAAAAGAGGCGUCAAAGUCAAAGUAUGGAAUAUCACAGAAGAUGAAGAUAGACAUGGCGUCAAGGUUGUGAUCCCGAGUUUUAGAUGGGCAUGGCAGCUUCAGCUUCCCUUAAAUUAUCAAGGCAUCGGGCCCAAAUUUGGUCAUCCACCCUCCCCCCCUCCCCACUCUUUCCGCCCUCUCUCUUCCUCCCACCAUUAACCAUGUCUGCUGGUCCUUGUAAUUGAACUGAACUCCCCCACACAUACAGGACUGUAGUAGUGGAGCGUCCCUCCAUUGUCGUCUACCUCAGCAACCGCCCAUUCUUUUGAACCCAUUUCUGAAUCUUCCAGCUUCGUGGGGUGAAGCUCUCAACUGGGUUUUUGGCCGAUUCAUUUCAAGAAUCAGAAUCGCCGGAGCAGGAAACCCUUUUGUCUCUGCUCUGUCUCAGUCGCAUUUUGAGGAAGAUUCAGUCGGUUUUUGGUGUGUGGGAGCUGCUGGGGGUUUUCAGGAAGGGAGCAGCAGAGUCGGACAUGGGGGAGUCCUCGGCGAUGGGCGGUGGGCCGUUGCAUGACUCCGCGCCGGUGGAGUUAACGGCCAAGAUCUUGAUGACGGCCGCCAUCGUCCUCUUCCUCGUGGUGAUCUUUGUCCUCGUCCUCCACCUCUACGCCAAGUGGUUCUGGGGCCGCGUCGAGGAAUCCCCGGCCGCCGACUCCCAGCAGAGCCACAAUCGCCGCAGGCGCCACCACCGGAGGAGGCGCCAUUUCGUGUUCGCGGCUGCGGCCCACGACCCAGCGCGCAAGGGCCUCGAUCCCGCGAUCCUCCGGUCACUUCCGGCUGUGAUUUGUGGGCCGGACGAGUCCGGGGAGGGGCUCGAGUGCGCGAUUUGUCUAUCGGAGCUUGUGGAGGGGGAGAAGGCUCGGUUGCUCCCGAAGUGCAAUCACGGGUUCCAUUCCGAUUGCAUAGACAUGUGGUUCGAGUCUCAUUCUACUUGCCCCAUCUGCAGGAACCCUGUUGGUGGUGAGAUCUCAAAAUCGGCCGAAACCGAUGUCGAGGAUAGUAGCAGCACCAGUAGUAGCAAUAGCGCUGGUGAGUUAGCGGAAGAAAAUUCGAGUAACGGGCAACCCUCGGAAUCUCCGAACUUCCCGACCAAUGUGUUGUUUUGGGGCAAUGAGACUCAGGUUACCUCUAGGAGUGCUGCUUGCUUGGAAGAAGUCCCCUCGUCUUCCGCUUCACUGAAUAGUACCACUGCCACUGCUGGUACUAGCGGUAGUAGUAGUAAUUGGGUCGAUGGGACGCUCGUGAUCGACAUCCCGAGGCCGAUUGAAAGCUCCUCGAGCAGGUUCGCCGAGGAGGAACCCAAGUCUCCCGUGACAACGAGGUUGAGAUCGCUGAAGAGGCUCCUCAGCAGGGAGAGGAGGGUCAGUCCUUGCAGCUCCAGCUCUGCCGAUGCCGAACAAGUUUAAAGGCUCGAGUAGUUGUGAAGUCCUCUUGCAAAGAGUAUCUAUUGCUGCUAAAACGCAUUACUGGUGGAAGAGUAUGUCUGCACUGCAUCAGCAAGUUGCUGGAACUGCAAAUAUUAAGCCCGAGUUGUAUCGUGUUUUCGGGUUUCCAUGAGAGCAGUCAGCCAGUGAAGAUUAGAUCGCAACGGUUUACGGUUGCUCGAUGAACUUCUGGUUCUUGCUAGAAAUGGUGAAGGAAGAACAGUUUAGAAGGUUGUGCCUGUUAUACAAUUGAGGUUGCUGUUUCCACUGUCAUCGGAGCAGAUUCGCAGUUUACUUUGUUGUGUGAAAUGAGAGGUCGGCUUCUCUGUUUCAGAGGGUGGGAAAUUCCAUUCUGUUACAGGAGAUGUAGCUUAUGAAAUUAGAUAUAUAUAAGCAUAUUCAUUGAUGGUAUAACUUGUU